GAGAGGCCCCUUUAAGAGUGAAAGUAACAGGCGGUUGGUGCAAUGCAUGCUGGGUUGGAACGGCGGAGCCGGCCAAUCAGGAGGCGUUCGGAAGCUUGGGUUUUGCUACAUAGUAGGAAACGGACUGGAGAGUUGAAUGGCAAGCAGGUGAGAAGAUGGACCUGGAGAGGCUGCGACACUUGAACCAGGACCUCCUGCGGAGGCUGAGGACGAACCAAGAGGAGUUCAGGGAGCGGGUUCGAGUCCAGCUGUUGCCACCAUCGCAAAGAGCAACUCCUCAAGGCGCGUGGGUCUCGGACAGCAAGGGAGAGAGAGAGAAUGGGGAAUGUUUCCCCGAAGACGCAGACGAUUCUGCGGUGAUUGUGUCCGUGGAAGUGAGUCCCCGGCUGGCGCGUCGCAACUUCUCCCCCCCCUCGAAACCCGCCGAGACCCAGGACGAGCGAGAGGGCCGCCACCGAGGGCGCUUGUGUCCCACCACCCGGGAGACCGAGCCGAUCCACAUCCCGUCGGCCGCAGCACCCGCCGGAUCAACUCGCAAAACCGCGGGUGGAGGACGCCCAAAAGGGCCGAGGAAGCCCAGGGUAACUGCGGGACACGCGGAGGCAAAAAGGCGUUCUCCAUGCUUGCCGGAGACGGAUAGGCCGCAGGCCAGAGAGCAGGCGGGCACAGGGCGAGCCAAAGAAUGGAAAGGCAGGGCAACAGCUUCCGUGCGGAUGUCGCCAGCCCCGAAACCAAUCCUUCUCACGCCUCAAGCCAAGGAAUCUAAAGAGAAAUCGAAGAAGGAAUCAGGACAUGUGACGUUCGUGUCUGACCCCGAGGAAUACGCCAUCCCGGCAGAUGACUGGUCGGUCCGCCCGUUCCUGGGGUACGAUUGGAUCGCAGGGCUGCUCGACAUGGACUCCUCCCUCUCGGAGAAACCUGAUCAGUACUUCUCUGAGCUGCAGGAAUUCCGGAAGGUGAACCGGGAGGCUUGCAUCUAUGACCGGGAGCUGCGAUCAGGCGGUCUGGGUUCAUCUGCUCACAAUCGAGAAUCGGACAUGGACUCGGGUUCCCAUCAGUGUGUCUUCUGUUACCGGCUGAAUAAACGCCUUUUCGCGGUACCCCUGGAUUUGGAGUCUGCCUGCCCCAUCUGCAAAAACCCCAGAGCCCACCGGCCUCCAGAGACUCUGGUGGAGCCUGCUUUCGUCAGGGUCAGCAUCCCAAGAUCCACUUUGCUCCCUGCCUACAAGCACAAGAUCCAUCGCAGGAAAAGCUAUGAGCCUUCAGACAACCUGGCAUUGCCCUCGCACUGUUUGGCUGGUUGGCAGAAUCCUGUUCAAGCUUUCAGCCCCACUCUCAGCAGCCUCGACCUUCACUCAUCCCUGGGGGACGCACCGCCUGGCCGUACGAAUCAGAUCGUUCGGAAUCAUGAGGACUAGAGUCUUGACUUUAGGAGCCUCGAAGACGGCAACUCAGCAGCAGACCCACCAAAGAUUCUUAAGAUAGUGCAAGCCUAUACAGGUUUGCUGCAUCCCUUCUUUUUUUAACCCUUACCAAAAAAAAAUCUGGCUUCCAGAUCUCUGCCUCCAGAGUGUCAGGAGGAAGCAGGACCGGCGAACUGCUGGAACUCUUCCGCGUGGCGGAAUUUGAACUCUGCAACCUCUCCUGGCGGCGGAAGCGUCGUAAGCCGCCGUGCCGCAAAGCCACUUCUAAUUAAAAGAGCUCGCCGAUUCGAACUUCCCGCUUUCAGUCCUCGAUGGGGAAUGAGGAGGAGCUGCGUGUGUUUAUGGAGCAGGGCCUCCUCCUUCGUGAGGUUGCCUGCCAGCCUGUUUCAUCAGCACGGCGCCCGAACGCUUUGCGUCGUUUGAGAAAUUUUGCAGGACGGGUUCGUUUUAAUACGCCACCUUCCUUUUUAUCUCUGGUCCACUUGCCCUUUCACAACUCCUGAAAUGAUAAAAGCACGGCUUGAAAUCAAAA